AGAGGUAAACAUCCAUAUUUGAAAAACAUGGACACCAAAAAAGUGAAUGAAGCAUCAGGGAAGAUGGAUGAUAAUGAGGACAUCGGAUCCGUGAUGGGAUUCUCUGGGUUUGGUAAGAAAGCACGCACUUUUGAUCUUGACGCCAUUUUCGAACAGACUCGGCGUACAGCUAUUGAGAGGAGUCAGCAAAUAUUGGAGGAGCGACAGAAAGAGAUUCAGAUGGAGGAGGAAGGGGAUAGCUCCUAUUCAGUUAACCCAUCAGGUCACAGCCAGAAACAGAAAGGUGCAGCUGCUUCUUCAAGUGCACAAAAAAGUGAAAGCACUAGUGGCAGCAGUGGGUCUGACUCAGACUCAGACUCUGAAAUGCCUUCCCAACCUGGAACCCAGGACGAUGACGGGGAUCUUGUGGGACCACCACUUCCACCUGGUUACACGGGAAGUACAGCACAAAGUGAUGACGAAGAUGAGGGGGAGACACAAGAUGACGACGACGAUGAUGAUAAUCCAGUGAAAAAGAUUCCAGACUCUCAUGAGAUCACUCUUCAGCAUGGCACCAAAACAGUCUCAGCUCUUGCUUUAGACCCCUCUGGAGCCCGUCUGGUGACUGGUGGAUAUGAUUACGAUGUGAGGUUCUGGGAUUUUGCUGGGAUGGACCAAUCCCUGCAGGCCUUCAGAUCCCUGCAGCCCUGUGAGUGCCAUCAGAUCAAGUCCCUGCAGUACAGCAUCACCGGCGAUGUCAUUCUGGUGGUUUCUGGAAACUCACAGGCCAAAGUGUUGGACCGCGAUGGCUUCAAUGUUAUGGAGUGUGUGAAAGGAGAUCAAUACAUUGUGGAUAUGGCUAACACUAAGGGCCACACAGCUAUGCUGAAUAGUGGUUGCUGGCACCCGAAGAUUAAAGAGGAGUUUAUGACCUGCUCCAAUGACGGCACCGUCCGCACAUGGGACGUGAAGUCGGAGAAGAAGCACAAGUCUGUGUUCAAACCUCGCUCCUACCAGGGGAAGAAGGUCAUCCCCACGUGCUGCACCUACAGCCGCGACGGGAAGCUCAUCGCAGCGGGCUGCCAGGAUGGCACCAUCCAGAUCUGGGACAGAAAUCUUAGCGUUCACACAAAGUUCCACUGUCGACAAGCCCACUCCCCAGGAUCAGACACCUCUUCCCUCUGUUUUUCUUAUGAUGGCAUGACUCUCGCAUCCCGUGGAGGUGAUGACACUCUGAAGAUGUGGGACAUCCGGAACUUCAAAAAGCCUGUAAAUGAAGCCAGCGGGCUGGUCAACUUCUUUUCCAUGACCGACUGCUGUUUCAGCCCCGACGACAAGCUCAUAGUGACAGGGACCUCGAUGAAGAAAGAGGAGGGAAAUGGGAAGCUGGUGUUCUUUGACCGGGUUUCCUUUCAGAAGGUGUAUGAGGUGGAAGUCACCAAUGCUAGUGUUGUCCGCUCCCUGUGGCAUCCAAAACUUAACCAGAUAAUGGUGGGUACUGCAAAUGGAAUGGUCCGGGUGUACUAUGAUCCAGUUAAAAGUCACAGAGGGGCGAAGCUGUGUGUGGUGAAGAGCAAGCGGAAAGAGAGACAAGCGGAGGCUCUCACACAAGAUUAUAUCAUCACGCCUCAUGCCUUGCCCAUGUUCAGAGAGGCACGACAGAGGAGUACAAGAAAACAGCUGGAGAAGGAUAGACUUGACCCCAAGAAAUCCCACAAACCUGAGCCUCCUGUGUCUGGACCAGGACGAGGAGGCAGAGUGGCCGCUCACGGGGGAACUCUGUCUUCAUUCAUUGUGAAGAACAUCGCUUUAGACAAAACCGAUGACAGUAACCCACGAGAGGCCAUCCUGCGUCACGCCAAGGAGGCUUCAGAAAACCCGUACUGGGUCGCUCCAGCAUACAAACAGACCCAGCCAGAGCCUUUGUUCGCAGAGGAGUCAGAGGAAGACGAGGAGGCCGACAAAGAACCAGAGUGGAAGAAACGCAAAAUCUGAGACUCCAACAGCAGCUCCCUUAGUAUCAGGCAGCCAGCAGCCCUGUAACAGCCCGGUAACACUCAGGAAGUGCUCACAGUAUACAGUCCUGUGCUUUUCUCCACAAACACCAAGGCUUUAAUUUAUGUGGCUCAGUAAUGAGGGGAAAUAUAUGAAUCCAAUCUCACCAUGAAAACAGAAUAUAACUUUAUAUCUUUGUGUUCCCCUCGUUCCAAUUUAUAAACCACUGGAAGAAGUGGACUUUUUAUGUCUGUUUUGAUUGUGGAGUUUAUUUUCAUCAUUUCUAUUGUCGUCUCACUCCACGACUCCAGAGUUUGCUAAUGCCUCACAAAUCGGCUCCAGAUUUUGUGGUCUGGUGCUGUUCAUCACCAUGAAGAAAAGCCUGCGAACAGUAAAUCGCAAAGAUGCAAUAAAUUUUCAGACAUCUUCUACGUGGGAAACGUUUUUAAGGCUCAAUCGUUUUAAUGCUGUUCUUUUUAGAAGCUGUGGUGAACAAAUUUACUUAGCCUUUUUUUCAAAAGUUUUUUUUUUUUUACCCAUUUUAUUCCACCAACAAUGCUAAUAAAGGAAUUGGUAUCCUCUCUGUAAGGCUCAACAUAUUUCAUCCAAAGGGCAGUGCAGUCAGAUUGGUUUUACCUGCUGAUCAAAGGAAUGCCUUUCCUCUGAGGCAUCAGCUCUAACAUAAAGACACGCUCUACAGUCCAUUUCUCUCCAAGCUGCAAUCUGUACCUACUGCUUUAAAACAUUUUUGCAAAUUAAAUCCGAAAUGAAUAAAAUUUUCCUGCAAAUGCAUCUAAUCAUCACAGUGGUUUAUUGUGGUUUUCUUUACCCUAUUAUUAUAAUUAAAAAAAUAUCUCAAUUCUGUCAUUAGAGAGAUUAUCUGGAGAGGCUUAUGAGCUAAAAGUUGUUCAGAAAAUGAG